AAUAUUAUAAUAAUAUUAUUAUUAAUAUUAUUAUGAACACAUUUUGGUAAUCUAUCGUUUUAGGUAGAUCUAGAUCUACGUAAAAUCAGCCGAUACUAGAUCUAGUAAUGUGAAAAAAGAGUUUUUUUGAACAGAAAGAUUAGAGAUGGGUUCAGAAAAUGUUAAUAAUAUGCCUUCAUCAAGUCCAUGGAGAAGGGCUUUAAAAACCUCUGUUGCUGCACUCCUGGUAGAAUGUGGGUAUCAGUGUGCUGAAAAUUUAGCUUUGGAGACACUUAUAGAGAUGACUCAAGCAUACAUUUGGGAAGCUGGGCGAAGCUCAAGUGCAUUUGCUGAACUAGCAGGCCGGACACAUGUUAUGCCAAGUGAUGUUGUUUUAGCCCUUGUUGAAAUGGGUCUUGACUUUACAGCCAUUCCAGCACAUGCAAAACGUGAAAAUAAAACUGUUUAUCUUCCUCCUGUACCUGCGCAAGCACCUGCACCCUCAAAAAUUCUGCAAGUUGGUGAGAAGAGAAAACAUCCCAUACACAUACCAGAACAUUUACCCUCUUUUCCAGAUCCUCAUACCUACAUUAAAACACCAUGCUUUAAGCAACCUGCUAAUGAAUACCAGCUGGUUAGGGAGAAGGCUGCAUCUCAAAAGCGUGAUGUUGAAGUAGCUCUGACACGUUUUAUUGCAAAAACUGGAGCAACACACUCUUUGUUCAAAGAUGAUAAAUCUGCUUUUCCAUUAAUUGCUUGUAAGCCAUCACCGUUGCCCUAUUUGUCUGCUUUGUUGCCUAUGGAUAGCGAAACUUCAUCUCAGGAGAACUCAGAUCAAGAAACAAAUCCUACAUUGCACCAAACCAACCAUAAUGAUGCUAGUAACGAUGCUAACAUAGAUGUGCCAUCUGAAAAUGAGACAAUUGACAAUCCUUAUCUCAUGCCUGCUAAACUUGCCAAAAAGAAAUGGAGAUAGUAUUGGAAUACAAGUACAAAACUAAUCCACUGAUAAUCGUUUGAUUUUUUUUAUGACCAUGCUCGUUUCUACAUUUUAAUAUCAUUC